AUUGCUUUGGUCAUAUCUUUGGACCAAUUGGUACUCAUCACAACGAUGGUAUCUUUGGGCACAGUCAACCAAACUGGUGAUACCAUAUGGAAAAACUACAAUGAAAAUAGAAGCACAUUGGAGCCUGACUUCAAGAAAGAGUGGGUCUACGCAGGUGCAAAUGAUGAAGAACAAAUAAAGUUACAAGCUGCUCAAAUCGGUGAAACUCAUGUUGCUAAUAGUUUCCUUGAUAGUUAUAUUGUUGACGCAGAUGAAGAUCCAGACGAAGAAGCUCGUACUUAUGUAGAAUCAAAUUGGGAACUAUUUGAACAGGCUUUUAAAAAGAUCUGUUCAGAAAAGGCUGAUAAUAAUUGGCGGCAUGUUAGUGCUAUGAUGAAAUGGAGUAGGUUAGUUGAAAUGAAAAAAGAUAUACAAAGUGCGGAACGGUGA